AAUUGGGAACUGAAAUUCUGAUCUUGUGAAGGAUGUCUCCCUUAACAUAUGCUGAUGUACUUUGUGAUGUUCUAAGAAGUGAGUAAGUGGUGGGAAGGACAGCUGUUAUAAUAUGAUGCAGUGCAUUUCUGCUGGGCAUCAGAUUGUUGCUUUAGCAAAUCUAAGACCCCCUGAAAACCAAGUGGGGUCAGAUGAACUGGAUAGCUACAUGUAUCAGACAGUGGGUCAUCACGCCAUUGAUUUGUAUGCAGAAGCAAUGGCUCUUCCCCUCUAUCGCCGCACCAUAAGAGGAAAGAGCAUGGAUACAGGACGAGUGUACACCAGAUGUGAAGGUGAUGAGGUUGAAGAUCUUUAUGAGCUUUUGAAACUUGUUAAGGAAAAAGAAGAAGUAGAGGGAAUAUCAGUAGGUGCUAUACUCUCUGACUAUCAGCAUGUUCGAGUAGAAAAUGUGUGUAAAAGGCUUAAUCUCCAGCCUUUAGCUUACCUUUGGCAAAGAAACCAGGAAGAUUUGCUCCGAGAGAUGAUAUCAUCUAACGUUCAAGCAAUCAUCAUCAAAGUAGCAGCUCUAGUGAGUCCCUUUCCCAGAGAUACCCACCAGAGUGAUGCUGAUCAUCUUUUUAAUCACUUUUUUGGUUUAGAUCCAGAUAAGCAUCUUGGAAAAACCCUGGACCAAAUGGAGCCUUAUCUCUUAGAGCUUUCUAAGAAGUACGGAGUCCAUGUUUGUGGAGAAGGUGGAGAGUAUGAAACAUUCACUUUGGAUUGCCCUCUAUUUAAGAAGAAAAUAAUUGUAGAUUCAUCAGAAGUAGUCACACAUUCAGCUGAUGCAUUUGCACCUGUGGCUUACCUACGCUUUUUAGAAUUGCACUUGGAGGACAAGGUGUCCCCAGUACCUGACAACUGCAGAACAUCUAAUUAUAUACAUAACUCUUGAAAAGCAUUUUUCUUUCUAAGCUGGUAUUUUUAUAUUUUAAAAAUCACAUAGCAUUUUAUCAAUUAUUAUGUCCCACUUUUUUCAUUACAUUUUUUAUUCUUAGAAAUAUUUAUCUUUAUCAGAAGUUGAUAGAACCAUUGAUUAAUUGGUUAACACAUCCAAUCCAUGAUCUCUGUGAUUGGUACCUUCUUUUUUCCCCUUUUACUUCAUCUGAAAUCUUCAUUUCUGUAACAUUUCUUCGCUUUCAUCACACUGGUUUAUUUUCCUCUUUCUUGUUCCUGCUUUCAUCUCUGCCUAUAGUAUCCUAAUGCAAAGGAAUUUGAAAAUGAGGAUGAAAAGGCAGUCACUGUAUUUAGCUAAUCAAGUUUAUUCUACCGGGCGUCACCAUUUUUGUUUUGAAUAUAUUCAUUGUUUUAACAUUAUUGGACAAUCAAGAAGAAUACCAUUAACUCUUACUGGUUGUUUUAUAACUGAUUAAAAAAUGCAGUUUUUCGGUAUUACCUUUGCUGACUUCAGACUACUUUUAGAGUUUGCAGAAAAAUUGAGCGGAAGGUACAGAGAGUUCCCACACAUGCACAGCACCCCCAGCUGUCAACAUCCCACACCACAACAGUACAUUUGUUACAAUCAAGGAAUUUACACGGACACAUCAGUAUUACCCAAAGACCAUAGUUACAUGAUGAGUCACUCUUGGUGUUGUACGUUCUGUGGGUUUGUACAAAUGCAUAAUGACUUGUAUCUACCAUUAUAGUAUAAUACAGAAUAGCUCUGCCUGUUCAUCCUUCCUUUUCCUCUAACCCCUGGUAACCUCUGAUGUGUUUACUCUUGCCAUAGUUUUGCCUUUUCCACAAUAUCAUGUAGUUGGAAUCAUUUAGUAUGUUGCCAUUUCAGAUUGGCUUCUUUCACUUACUAAUAUGCAUUUGGAUUCCAUUGUGUCUUUUCAUGGCUUAACAACUCAUUCCUUUUUUUUUUUUUUUUCUUAAGACAAUUUUUUAGAGCAGUUUUUGGUUCACAGAAAAAUUGGAGGGCAAGUACAGAAAUUUCCCAUUUACCCCCUGCACCCACAUAUGCAUAGUCUUCCUCAUUAUCAACAUCCCUCCCCAGAGGGGUACAUUUGUUACAAUUAAUGAACCUGCAUUGCACAUCGUAAUCACUCAAAGUUCAUAGUUUACAGUUCACUCUUGGCAUUGUACAUUCUAUAGAUGACAUGUAUCCAUCAUUAUGGUAUCAUACAGAAUAUUUUCACUGCCCUAAAAAUCCUCCAUGUUCUACCUUUCAUCACUUAACUACCUCCAACCCCUGGCAACCACUGAUCUUUUUAUUAUCUCCAUAGUUUUGCCUUUUCCAGAACGUCAUAUAGUUAGAAUAAUAUGGUAUGUGCCAUUUUUAGAUUGGCUUCUUUGACUGAGUAAUAUGCAUUUAAGGUUCCUGCGUGUCUUUUUGUAAGUUUUUAAAUGCUUAAUAAUAUUCCAUUGUCUGGACAUACCAUAAUGUAUUUAUCCUUUCACCUGCUGAAGGACAUCUUGGUUGCUUGAAGUUCUGGCAAUUGUGAAUAAAGCUUUUGUAAAACA